AUGCCACCUGGGACCCAGGCUCAGCACUCUCCCCAGGCUCACAGAAGUUCAUCCCUGGGAAAGCCAGGCAUCUCUUGGCUGCCCAGCCACAAGAGCGGGGUCCCGGGACUGCGGCCCUCCAGCGGGGGCGCCGGCUCCUCCACCCUCGGACUCUGCCGCAAGCUCGCGGUGGGCGUCCCCGUCGUCGCCUUGGCCUGCUCCCAGCUCCGCGAGACAGAUGGGGACACUGAAGUCCAGAGAGGGGCUGAGAGCACCCUGCGGCCCCCAGCAAGGCCUUUGCACUGGCUGUUCCAGUCCUGCAGCGGGUCAGCCCUGGCCUCCCUGGCUUGCUCCUUCACCUCCCUGCACCAGCGCCCACGUUGGGAUGAAACAGUAAGUGAGUCCACCCGUCCGGUCCCGGAGGCGGCGGUCAGUCCCGGGCCCUGCCCCUGUCAGCCUGGCCGAGCGCUGUUGGGAGAUCAGAGCGGAAUUCACCCAGUAUUUGCUGAGCGUCUGCUCGGUGCCCGUCUCCGGGCCAGGGCCUGGGAGUCAGCCUGGAACCAGACCACACGCUUCCUGCCCCCGAGCUGCCCCUGCCGGGAAGCAGAAGGACAGAACGCAGGCUUCCUGGGCUUCCUCACAAGGUGGCAGCUGGCUUUCCUCACAGCGAGGGAUCCCUGGGAGGCACAGUGGGAGAUGCUGUGGCUUUACGACCUGGUCCCUGAGGUCACACGAACACUAGUAUAUGAGCUUCAGACCCCUAUUAGAAAUGGGGACAUUACUCUCUUGUGA